AUGGAAGCUGACGAAAAGGCGGACCUCAGAUACGCCUUUUAUGUGAAGGUUGUCGAGAGAGCGAAUACUGCUUUGCCAGGAUCUCCUCAGACUCAAAGUAUUGCUAAAAUAACGAUAGAAAGCAUCAAUUUGAAAGUGCCACAUCUCACACCCAACGAUGACAUAAAGUUGCAGUUGUUGACACGUAUCAAAGCAGAUGAGCCUAUGAUGAUACCGUUUCGCAGAUGGGAAUUGCACGAGCUACCAGCACUCACACAAGGAUCUACCAUAGAAAUCUGGUCCGUCAAGACAUGUUCUGCAUUGGACAGUCCAAGAUAUGUUAUAGUAUUUUUCCAAACGAAAAAAGCCGAUAAUUUGCAUGAAGACGUCACCUUGUUCGAUAAUGCCAACAUCAAAUCCAUACGAUUGGCUCUGAAUAGCGACUAUUAUCCGCAAGAACGAAUGCUAUUGGACUUUUCCCGAGACCAAUAUGCCGACGCCCACUUCAACUAUACAGAGUUCAACAAGAGCUACCAUAACUGUCAAGAAAAGCGCUCUCUAGUAAACUUUGCCGAAUUCAAAUCCCGACCAAUGUUUGUUAUCGAUUGCUCGAGGCGCCAUCUGGGUCUAAAGUCGUCCACAGUUGACAUAAAAUCUGAGAUGAAACCUCAGACUGAUGAACGGAGGACAUUGAACAAUUUACGAUACAGUUCUUCAAAUCCUUCUCAAUCUGCGAGCUCAUCAUCUGUUAUUUUAGCUGCAGAUUUGACCAGCGAGAAUAAACAAGUUGCCCAAACGGUGACGUUGAUAAUUGGAUCAUUCACUGCGAAGCCUGAGGAUUUGGAGCAGCUAAUUGAUAAUUUUUCAAAAGAUGAACAUUUGUUGACAGCCUCAGAUUCGGGAGCAGAAGAAAAAAAUGUGCUUUAG